CGCCCUCCCGUGUUUACGCGUGGCGGGGUAAUGGAGACCCGACAGGUGAGCAGGCUUCAGAGACGCACACACGGCUUCUCCCUCUACCGGAUCGGCCUUCACAAGGUGGACCCGCAGAGCUGCUAGCGCGGCUGGGACUCUUUCUCCCCCCCCCCUCCUUCCUCGGGACUUUACUGAAAGAAGAAAGCGGGUCUUCCUCCGUCGUUCUGUGCAGAAUGUGGCGUGUGAUAAUAUCCCGGAGUGGGGACUUUGUUCAGAGAUGAGGACGGACUCUCCCGAACUACAGAGGCGGAGAGAGAGAGAGAGAGAGAGAGAGAGAGGGAGAGAGAGAGAGAGAGAGAGAGGGGGGAAAGCUCGUCUUCAUGUCGCAACCCGCUCCGUGAAAUUAGAUUCAGCGAGUGGUGCAACUUGUUAAGACGGCGGAGCGGUCACAUUUCUCCCCCUGUGACCAGACCCAAACAGUCUGCCCCGUGAGGUCUGCCCCGGCAGAUUCUACGCGGCGGUUUUCCCCGAUAAAGCCACAAAGGGGGAGGCCGUCUUGGAUUAUUAAGGAGGAACAAUGAUCUUUGUCGAGCUGUGGAGCCCGGAGGAGGUCGCCGGAUGGAUUCGCCACAUCGGGCUGCCGGAGUGCGCCAAAGCCUUUCUCGACAAUGCUGUGACGGGCUUGGAUCUUUUGGAAGUCAGUGACUCCAUGUUGGAGUGGCUGGGCCUCGUCAACGCUGACCAGCGCCUCUACGUUUUGGACCAGCUGGAGGAGCUGCUGAGCCUGCAGGAGGACCAGAGCCACGACUUGAACCACUCUACGCCUGGCUACCUCCACCACCAACACAACAACAACAACCACCUCCACCUCCAGCCCCCGCCGGACCACCCCCAACUCCAAGCCCACCCUCACCCGCACCUUCAACCCUCCGCUGGUCCUGCGGUGCCACGCCAUGAGCCCCCAACGCCGUCAUUGAGCCCGCCAGGAGAGCAGGGUGAGAGCAGCCACGCAGGGAGCAUAGACCGUGGGCGGAGCUCCUCCUUCCAUGAGGUGCGUGGUCAGCGAGAGGCGGAGAUGAGGGCUGCGGCUGAGGAGACGUCCAACAGCAGCAGUAGCAACGGAGGAGGUGCAGGAGGUGGAAGCGGUGGAGGAGGUGGCAGCAGCACCGUCCUUCAGCGCCUCCUGCAGGAGCAGAUGAGUCGUAACUACCUGCUGCACCAACAGCAACAACAAGGAGGAGGAGGUGGAGGUCCGGGGGGAGGAGGGGGGUACUCAGGACAGAGCCAGGGACAGGGAGGCCCCCCAGACGACCACUCCAUGACUCCCCACAUCGCCCGGCAGGAGCCUCAAGGACAGGAGCUGCAGACAGACGGUGGCCUGGAGAAGCUGGGCUCCUCCUCUUCCUCCCGUGGCGGGGGAGGUGGGGGAAGUGGAGGAGGAAUAGGGAGUGGGGGGAACAGCAGCGGUGGGGGAGGGAGUGGCCCCAACCCUGAGGACCUCCCCACAUACGAGGAGGCCAAAGUCCAGUCGCAGUACUUCCGUGGCCACCAGCCCCCCCCACAGCAGAGCCCACAGCCCCCCCUCCCUGCCUCGGUUGGAGCCGCCUUCUAUGUCACUGGGGUGACCAGUUCCAAGGUGCGCACGGAGGGCCGGCCCACGGUGCAGCGGGUGAGCGGCGCGGGAAAGGUGCACCAGGAUGACGGGCUGAAGGACCUGAAGCAGGGCCACGUGCGCUCCCUCAGCGAGAGGCUCAUGCAGCUGUCGCUUGCAACCAGUGGUGUCAAGGCCCACGCGCCAAUCACCAGCGCCCCGCUGUCCCCCCAGCUGCCGCCUCCGGGGCCCCCAGGGGACUACUACAAGCCCCAGCAUCGUGGCCCACCGCCGGACUACCCAUUCAAGGGUAUGGGCUCCCCACCAAAACAGCAGGAGCCUGGGGCUCAUUUUUACCAGGAGCAGAGAGGGAGGGAGCACUCGAGGGAGGUGCCUCACGUCCGGUACCAGCCCCCGCCAGAGUAUGGCUCAUUCAGGUCCAGUAAGGACGGCUCAGUGCACUCCCAGAGAACCAUUCACCACCACAGCCCCACCUCAUCCGUUACCUCUGUGGGCUCCUUGUCCCGCGCCCAGUCCUCAACCCUCAGCAGCCUGCUCAGCGCCUCCCAUGCCUCCUACCCUUCCUACCCCCACCAGCAUCCCCCAAGCCAAGGGGAGCCCUUCCCCAGCAUGGGGCCCCGCAGCCUGCAGUCCGCCGGACCCCACCAGACAGCCGACCCCUUUGCUCUGGGGCCCAACCAUCCUCCACUGCAGCGGGGCCACGGUUUUCCCCACGAUCCCUAUGGCUCUACACCUCGGAUGCAUCAUCAGCAACAGCAGCACCACUCAUUCCAACAACAUCACCACCAGCAACAACAACAGCAACAACAACAGCAGCAGCAGCAACAACAACAACAACAACAACAGCAGCAGCAUCAACAACAUCAACAGCAGCAGUUUCAAGGGCCCCCACCUCCUCAGCCCCAACCACCGAUCCAUUUCGGCCAUCUCCCCCAUCCACAUUCCCACUCCCAUCUGCAGGGGGAGCAGUUUGCCAUGAUGGCGCGGGCCCACCAGAUGGUGGACAUGCUGACAGAAGAGAACAAGAUGCUGAGGCAGGAGAUGGAGGCCUGCAGAGAAAAAGUGGCCAAGCUACACAAGUUGGAGACGGAGAUCCAACUGGUGUCACAGGCUUAUGAGAACCUAGCCAAGUCCUCGUCUAAGAGGGAGGCUCUGGAGAAGACCAUGAGGAACAAGCUGGAGCUGGAAGUUCGCAGGCUGCAUGACUUCAACAGAGACCUCCGAGAGCGCAUGGAGACGGCCAACAAGCAGCUCGCCGCUAAAGAGUGUGACGGCUCCGAGGACAAUCGCAAAACCAUCUCUCAGCUGCUCGCACAGAACAAAGAGGCGGUACGUGAGAAGGAGAAGCUGGAGAUCGAGCUGAACGCCCUGCGGUCCACCACAGAGGACCAGAGGAGACACAUCGAGAUCAGAGACCAGGCCCUAAACAACGCUCAGGCCAAAGUCGUCAAACUGGAGGAGGAGCUUAAGAAGAAGCAGGUGUAUGUGGAGAAAGUGGAGAGGAUGCAGCAGGCUCUGGCUCAGCUGCAGGCCGCCUGCGAGAAGAGGGAACAGCUGGAACACCGCCUCCGAACCCGGUUAGAGAGAGAGCUAGAGUCUCUCCGCAUGCAACAGCGUCAGGGCAAUGCCCAGAACAGUGCGUUGAACAGCGAAUUCAACGCCACCGCGCUGAUGGAGCAUCUCCGCGAGAAGGAGGAGCGGAUCCUGGCCCUGGAGGCCGACAUGACCAAGUGGGAGCAGAAAUACCUGGAGGAGAGCGUGAUGAGACAGUUCGCUCUGGACGCCGCUGCUUCAGUCGCCACACAGAGGGACACGUCGGCGGCGGUGGCAGCAAUAAGCCACUCCCCCAGCAGCAGCUAUGACACGUCGGUGGAGGCUCGCAUCCAGAAAGAGGAGGAGGAGAUUCUGAUGGCCAACCGACGAUGUCUGGACAUGGAGAGCAGGAUAAAGAAUCUCCAUGCCCAGAUCAUUGAGAAGGAUGCCAUGAUCAAAGUACUCCACCAGCGCUCCAGGAAGGAGCCCAAGCCAGAUGCUCCGUCCGCCAUGAGGCCCUCCAAGUCCCUGAUGUCCAUCUCCAACACGGGCUCAGGGGGCUCGGGCCUGCUGUCCCAUAGCCUGGGGCUCAGCAGUUCGCCCAUCACCGAGGAACGCAAGGACACCAGCUGGAAGGGCAGCCUUGGGGUUCUGCUGGGUCCGGAGUUUCGUACCGACUCUCUCAGGGCAGAGUCCAUUUCGUCAUCUCCCUCCCCAGUAUUGCCCUCCACCCCGAUGACGGCAGGCCACUCCAAGACUGGCAGUCGGGACAGCUGCACCCAGACAGACAAGAACCAGAACCAGAGCCACAACCAGGACAGCAGCAAACCCACUACGCCAGCACUGCAGAGCAUGACGCUGCCGGCCCGCCUCUCCAGCCCGAGUCCUGUAUACAUCCCUGACCGCAUUGCAGAUGUGCCCGUUUUCCACACCAGCACUCUGGAGAGGCGGGUGCCGGUCCAGGCCCACUCACAGCAACAGGCCCCUCCCACGGCCCUGCCCACCCAACAGGAAGUCGACAACGACAUGGUGGAGAUUCUCAUCUGACCCUGUUACCUUUAGAAUUCAACUCUUGCUUCCAAAAGUCACAUAAAUACAUGCACAUACCCACAUGCACACACUCUGAAAGAUCCCAAUGGCAGGGCGGUUCAUCAGAAUCAGAAUCUGAACCAGAAUACUUAAGUCAUCCCCGAGGGGAAAUUGGGUAUUUAAUCAGGAUUUAAAGACGUAUUAAUCACAUAUAUCUACAUGCAGGAGGAUUCAAACAUUUAAAUUUCCAUAGGUGAAUACAUGAGCAAAGUCAAAUGCAUGUAUAUUUACUAAAUCGUACACAGACACACACUUAAAUCUCACUUCAGAGAAAUCACAGCCACUGGAAGGCAGUGUGUGGUGUGUGCCUCUCUCUCUCACACACUAAUGCGCACACACACUUAACCAUGUACUUUCAAUCUAGGUGAAGGAUUCCUCUUUUCCCUCGUUACAUUAGUUUUGUUACACUCUAGCCUCACUGUGUGUGUAUGUAUAUGUGCACGCAAGUGUAUUACCAAGCCUCAGUUAAAUGCACUACUUUUUACAAGCUAUAUUUCAGUGAGAAAUAACUUGACUGUGUGAUAUGGGAGGCUUGGUGUCGUUCGUAUAUUCACAGUGACCACGUCGCCGCAGGCCGUGUGCGCUAAAUGGUUGGAAGCUGCAGCGCCGACUGCAUUUCUGCAAAAAAAAGAAAAAAGAAAAAAGGUGCAGGUCAUUCGGGAACCUUGACAUGUGAUUUGCUGCCGAGAGCCAACGUCCUCCUUCGCCGCUCUGCCCCGCCACCAGUCAGAAGAGGUUCGGUGAGCGUUGUACACACUCUGCAGCCUUUCCUUGGCUGUUCGGCUCUCUCAGAAAAUGAUGGAUUUUCAGUGACCAGCUCCAGUCGACCAUUACGAUCAAUCGACUCUAGUUCAGUGUUGCCAGAGGCUAAAUUGGUUAACUGGCCUCCUUGGACCAAAUGUACUGGCUACCUUUUUGUUGCAUUUAUUGCACUAUUUUUUUUGUUUUUUGUUUUUGUUUAAAUAGUGUUUGUUUUUCAUUUUUAUAUCAUUACGUUGAAGAUUUGACGUAUUGUAUUUAUAUGUUGUUCCUAUUUACCAUAGUUAGACAUGGCACUUGGGUCACCGAAAGUGAUUUUUGUAAACUACGAAACAUUCUUAACCUUCUUUGUAAAUACUGUAUCCACCCGGUGUUCGUAUCGCUUGCGUAUCAUUGGACUUGAUGUGGUGAAAGGGUUGUGAAGGGCUGAACCAAUUCAGCUUUGUUGCAUUGUGUCAGAACCAUAUUUUGUGUUUAGUUUAGUAGCCGUUUUAAAACCAGCAGCCAUGUUUGCUCCACACUCUUGAUUGUGGCCGUUGCGAAAUGGCUGAUCAUUUUAAGACGUCUGGUCUUUAGAGUGUCAUACGACUUUUAACCAAACUCCUAUCUGUGCCUUUGGCACCGCCAUCCUUGGCCACCACACACCACUGUUGCGUUGGCCUGCAGAGACGUUGGGUGGGCAGUCGAAACAUUUCUUGCAAGCUGCCUGUGUGACCCCGCUGGAUGGGGUCUGUCACAAAGCAGUUGCUCUCAAAGUGACAUGCGGGGACCAGCCAGCGGUCCCUCAGAGGGGUUGCUACCGGAGAGAACAAAUUUAUUUCAAUCUGCUUUUCAUGAACUUGGCACAACACUCCGAUGCGUACUGUGUCUGUUUAAGUGCCCGUAUCCAAAUGUCCGUUGACCGUUCCUUGGUUAAAUAUUUGUAUUUACAAGGGUCCGUGGCUCUAAACCCUAACUGGCUUCAUCUGUUUAGAGGCCGUUUAGGGGUCCUUGGCAUGAAAAUGGCACGAGACCCCUGUGUCCAGGAGCUGCAUAAGAUGUGUGUGUGUGUGUGUGUGUGAAUGUAGCGGUGGUCCGGUUGCAGCGUUACAUUUACCAGUAUUGACCAACGUGCCUUGCUGCAGUGGAGGUUUUCCACUUCCUGUCUAACUCCACGUAGACCUAUUGUGUGGCGAAGCGUUUCAAGUUUUCAUUCGCAGCCUUUCUUCGAAUCAGCUCGGCGUCCCAGGCGGGUGGGGUCGACAGCAUCACAUUUCAGACCGGGUCAGGUCAGUGUUGUCAGUCAUAGGCAAGCACACGGAAUUGAAAUUGAAACGCUUUCUCAGGAAGUACUAUUGUAUCUGAAAUGUUUGCCAUCUGUAUGUUUCAACCCCCACCCAGCUGAGACCCCUGAGGGGAAAAAAUGGACCAUUAAAGUAUUUUCAGAUAAUAUUGGACUGAUUAAAGGUCUCCUUUGAAAAGACACUCUGCCUCCAGGGGCAUUAGUACGGAAGUGCACUUGAGGUUUAUGCAACACUUGAUUUUUAUAUUUUGGUCUUGGAAUGCAUUCACUAAGGUGAGCGCAACAUUUUAGUAUUUUCAAAAUACUGGAUUCGUGGGAUGUUUGGUUACAUGAAACUAUGCAUGGAGGUGAGCUGUGAAAGACCUUCACAGACCUUCACUCCGCGGAUCUCUAGCUUCUGACCAAAGUCCUGUAAGAAAUGUUUUUGACCUUACAGACAAAAUCUUUCAUGUACAUUACGAGGAAAUCUCCAUCUUAAGAAGCAUCUUGAUGAGAUUUGAUUUCCACUGAUUUUUUUUAACUUGUUACGAGAACUUUGGUGAAUCAAGUGACGUUAGCUUGAAACGUGGCAGGUCUCGCCUCUCAUUUCGGGAUACCUCACUAAAAGGAUUUAUCUCACUCACGUCCACCUUAAAUGCCUUGUUAAGUGGGACAGUUUUGUCUUUUGCGUGCCGUCGUAUUCUGCUCACUUUUUAGUGGCUUUGGUACUGAGAUGGCUUGAGUCCCAGCUAGAGGGAGGAUGGCAAAAAUGAUGCACUGAUUGUGAAACUCCCAAAAUUCCUCCACUUCUGGGCACGCCAAAAGGUCAGCGAUGUUUGUUUUUAUUUUUUUCCUCGAAUCUCCAGUGAGAUUUAAAAUUCGAAUGUAGGAUAGACGUAGGUUAGUUGCAAUCAACUGUAAAUGAAAAUGACAUGUGCAGGCUUUCCAUUUUGACCAGAAAAUACCCCCGCCCCCGCCCCUUGUGUGUUUUCCUGCCACCUCACGAGUCAUCCCAGAAUUCCUUGCGACGCCUCUGCCUGAACACACCCACACAUCCCUCCAUCUUAGAAGUUUUGAUGUCUGUUGAAAGCCAAAGAAAAUGUGGGACCAAAGAAUCUCAGGUUGGUCCGCUGAUCUGAGCGAGACUGACGGGCCGCUGCGUUCACGCCGUAGUUUGAGAAGGUCGUUAGAAAUCUUUCACUUCAGGGGUGUUUGAGGUUUCCACCAGAACAAAGGAAUUUGGUUCUCACGGAUUUGUUUUCACCGAUUCUGAAUACUGAAUUGUGAGCUAGUACUGAGCACCGAUGAAGUGCAGAAACUUUACCAAACAGUGAAAGGAUGUAAACCACUACUCGAGGGUCACUGGAUGAAAAUGAUUGUGAUGUAGUCCGUAUCUUUUUCCAAAGCAAAUUCCAGAAAUCCUUCUGCUUUUUUACAACCACAAGAAACCCAUGUUGCUUUGCUGUGACUCCUGGCACAUAACACUGAGCUUCUGGCAUCUGAUUUUGGUAUUUGUGUUUAUUUUUUUCCAGUGUUUUUCGAUACUAGUGCCAUUUUAGCCCAGCAUCAACCCCUGGUAACAGUAGCAGUGUCCUAAAGUUGCCUCAACUUCCCCUGUUUGAUGAGGUUUUCCACGUCUGUUCAGGACUGUUACAGGUUACGAUGUAUUUUUGCAUUGCUGUGUCAAAGCGUAGGUGAGAUCGGGACGUGCAGCUGUUAAGUGUUAGAAGAUAUGUUACCACUUUUUCUUUUUUUUAUACUCUCAAGCACAUCCAGAAUACCGUAGCCCUCCUUCACCUUUCCACAUGGGCUCUGUCUAAAUAUCGUGACAAUGGACCGUAGGGCCGCGGUCACGCUCUAGGUGGGAUCAAGCAGCCAUUAAUCCUUAAACAAAUACACCGGGGAUUUACAAAACAACCCGGUCUUCAGAUUGACAUCAGUUUUGAAGGUGGUCCAAGGACCGAGCACCAAAUAACCCUUCCUGUUAAUGCAAACCAGUUCAAGGGGAAGCUCCCAUCGCUUCUGUUGUUGUGACACCUUGUGGUCAAACUGAAUACCUUUGAAAUGCUUUCUCUCUUCUGAUUUCCUUUUUUUUGGGGGGGGGGGGGGGUUCCUUUCUUACUUAAAAUAAGCAGACUUUGAGAUAUUUCCCAUAGGCCUCCACAUUUCCCCCCAUAAAAUGGACUUUUCUAAACCUGAACAUUUCAAAAUCCAAAAGUCUUGCUUUCUAGUUGGUCGUCGUCUAAAUCGCUCGGCCCGUUUACCCUGACGGCGAAUGCCACGAGUCUCACCGGUCAACACAACAUGAACUUUCGCUUUAACGCCACGACAUUUUAGUUCCCAGGUCAUGACUGGUAAAAAAUGCACAACUUUGCAGUAUGUAACUUUUUUUUUUUACAUAAUUUUGUUGAACUUGAUUGCACAGUUGGAUGUGUGACUUGGAAGAGAGGCAGAAGGAUUGUGGUCUUGUUUAGGUCUUUGCAUACAGGGCACCUCGGGUGUGUCCUCGGUCCAGCACGGCGGACAAGCCGUGUUCCUCCUGGGUUGUACGUCCCACCUGGGAGCCCGGCUCACCGGCCCGCAGUCUGGCAUGGCAGCUGCUGUUUGUAGCGCAGCGUUUUCCCACAGUAUCUCAACACACUUGUUGGACUUUCAGAGGUCAGCCGAAGCCACGCGGCGUUCCCCUCUUGUCCUCCACUUCCUGUUCUUCCUCAGCGACAUUUUACCAUCGCACUUCGAUAAAGAAGCAGAAGUAUUCUUUAAAAAAUACAUUGAAAUUGUUGGGGGGGGGUUUAUAUUUAUGCCAUUAUUGGCGUGUACCAGAUGGUUGUAUGGAGGAAUUACCACUUCAGUUAACUAUUGAUGAGCACUAAUGGACCUCAAACAGGCUCCCUGGCUUGCGGUCAGCGUUGAAAAUUUGAAGGAGGAACGCAAACGGGCUCCCCCCCCCCCCCCCCCCGUUUGUCGAGAAGACGAGUGCAAAGCAAAACUAUAAAAACUCCCAGGUCGUGAUUUUCCUUUCUGUUGAUUCAUUCCUGUUUUGCUUAAACGCGAGUACAAAUGAAUGGUCACGAUAACUUCCUGUUUUCCAUCUGUACGUGAAAACAAAGUCAGAUUCUGUACAAAUCCACGCUGCUCGCUUCUUGUUUGUUGUACAAUCACGUUCACGUGUCAGCCAUUUCAAGUGACAGAUUUGUCUUCCGUCUCUUACAACAUUCAUCUCAUACGGUCUCUUGUGUUACGGUAUAAGUCAUGUAACGUUGUUAAUGUAAUAUUUCAAACAAACUCCCAAAAUAACCUGUCUGCCGUUUGUUUCAUAAAUUGAUUUGACAUUUAGUAUUAUUUAAUGUGUUUGUUAAAUAAAACAAUG